UCCUCCUUUGGAUUCUGUUUGCCUGAGAGGGACUAAGAGCUGCUUCCACCCACAAAGCAAUGGAGCAGGCCCGAGGUGAAGUUUCUGACACUGUGCAGGAGACAGGACCAAGGACCAGUGGGAAGCUAUGUCAGGAGGAUGCUGUGAAGCAGGGCUGCUCCCCAGGUCAACUGAGGCUUCUCCUCUUAGGAAAGCAUGGCGCAGGAAAAAGUGCUACAGGAAAUAAUAUUCUGGGCAAAGAUGUGUUCCUGUCCAGAUUCAGUGAGAAUAUGGUGACUAAAAUGUGUCAGAGAGAAAGUGGGGCCAUGGUAGGGGAGAAGGUUAUGGUCAUUGACACCCCAGACCUUUUCCCCUCAACAGCUUGUGAAGAAGACAAGCAACACAAUAUUAAACACUGCUUGGAGCUCUCUGCCCCCAGCCUGCAUGUCCUGCUUCUGGUGAUCUCCAUUGGCCACUUUAAUGAGGCGGAUAGAGAGACAAUAAAUGGCAUAAAGGAGGUAUUUGUAGAGGAAGCCAAGAGGUACACCAUUAUCAUAUUCACUAGGAAGGAUGAAUUGGGGGAUGAUUCCAUGGAAGAUUACCUUCAACAUGACACAUCACUUGGAAAGUUGCUUAACAACUAUGGAAGACGAUACUGCCCUUUCAACAAUAAGGCAGGCAAGGCUGAGCAGGAUAUCCAGGUGAGGAAGCUCCUUGGCAUGAUCAAACAUUUGGUGGAAGAGAACAAAAGGCCCUACCCUGUGAACUUCAGAAAUGAAGACAAUGAAGUCCAGGACUGUGAGAAAGAAGUUACAUCUCAGAAAAGGGACACUCCAAAUGAGACCCUGAACAUUGUCCUCGUGGGAAAAAGCGGGGCUGGGAAGAGUGCCACUGGGAACACCAUCCUUGGGCAGUCAGAGUUUGUUUCUCAACUCAGAGCCCAGCCGGUCACCACCAAGUGCCAGAAAGGCCAGAGGACAGAGGCUGAGCAGGACAUUGUGGUUGUGGACACCCGAGCUCCGUCCAGUGACCAGCAGCUAGAGAUGGUCCAACACUAUAUGCCCAGAAGUGGUGGCAACACGGUUCUGGUACUGGUGCUCCAGCUGGGACGCGUCACCGAUGAAGACAAAAAGGUGAUGGCAGCACUAAAGACCAUCUUUGGAAAGGAUGUUAGGAAAUACAUGAUUGUGCUUUUUACUCAUAAGGAAGACCUGGGGGUCGGGGACAUUAAAGAUUACUGUAAAAACACAAAAAACAAGUUUCUUAAGAAGACAAUUAAAAAGUGUGAGGAGCGAGUUUGUGCUUUUAAUAACAAAGAAACUGGCCAAGCCAGGAAAGACCAGGUAAUAAAUCUUUUGAAAAUGGCCAAUGAGCUGAUAGGUAAGCAUAAAAGGGACGUCAAGAAAAUAACUAAAGAUGCCCAGGAAAAGCAAAAUCAAAAAAAAAAAAUUCUAAAGAAAGUAAAAGAUAGGUUUUCAUAGGUGGCUGAAAUGCCUGGGGUCUUUUUAAGUUAGAGACAUGCUCAGGUUGGGGGUAUGCGAGGACUGGGAUAUGGGGUAUAAGAAGUGGGUUCAU